AUGGCGGCGAAGCCCAAAGUCAGCUUCAAGAUCACCUUGGCCUCGGAGAAGACCCAGCCCUUCAAGGUGAUCACCGUGCCGGAAGAAGCGCCCUUCCUCGCGUGCAUCAAGUUCGCCGCGGAGGAGUUCAAGGUGAACCCCUCCACCAGCGCCGUGAUCACAAAUGAUGGAGUCGGUCUCAAUCCCAAUCAGACCGCCGGCGCAGUUUUUCUCAAGCACGGUGCCGACCUCAAGCUGAUCCCCAGAGAUAGAGUUUUGGAUUUCCCCAUCCCGAAUCCCAACCCAAGGGAUUGGCCGACGCUCGUCAGCAUCCGAGACCACUGCUACAAGUUUGUGCUGUUCAUGACCCGAUUCAUGGGACGAGGCAUGUGGUAUCUCUUCCUAGCCACAAUGGUCUUCAGCGCGCUGUGGGAUACCAACAUUAGCUGGGCAUUCGGAGGAGUGUUCACACUAUAUCUUGUGGUGCUCGGAGCCAUCGCGCUGAUCAAAGGCUGGCUCAUCAGCAACAAGCUGGACAAGGUCAGGAACAUCCUUCUGCGGGAAAGAGAAACCGGUGGCAGCCUGGAUCACUACAUUGCCCCGACACAGCAAGGCCUCAACAAGGUUCAGUUCAAGGCGCUCAUCAAGCAGGUCACCAACGAAGAGGAGUUGUUUGGCGACGAUGACCUGGAUUAUGUGGUCAAUGCACUGAGCUUCUUGCCCUCCUCAGAUGGUGUGGUGAGCCGAGAGGAGUUCGAAUACUGGGUCCGGCCUGGGCACAUGCUCAUCGUCUGA